AUGACAGCUAGCAAGUCCCGGAAAUCUGUUGUACCGGUUGUUGUACCUCUUGGGCGAACGCUCUGUCCAAACUGCAUAUCAACGCUAUGGGCGUCGUUAACUCGCCGGUCUUCUCCUGCCGGUACGAUUUGGCCCCUAUUGGCAAGUAUACUAAGUGUACUAGGGCAAGCCAGACUGCAAUCCCCCUACUGCUGGGAUGCGGGGUUAGAGUGGACCGAUUCCUUCUUCGUGCUCACGGCGGAUAGUGGGGAUCCGGGGGACGACACCCACUAUGCCCACACUCUUGCCUCUCGCGUCGCCAUCGUCGUGGCUUUUUACCGGCUAUUGGAGGCCUUCCUCACUAGUGGGAUCGCAGAAGCACCGCACCGCUUCUUAGACGGAAAACGAGAACCGCUACUACAAGUAGCAAGAGCGCCGCCGGGGUCGCCUCCAGUCCGCCUUCCCUCACCCCGGGCCCAGGGCCAGGUUGAAGACGGGUCGAUUAAUGGCGGGGGACGUGCAGUGGCAGGCCUGGGUGUUAGCCAAGGGAUACUUAUCCUCGUUACAUAG